AUGUUCAAGCUUCAUUCUUUCAAAAUCCCACAAACAAUCAUCAAAUCACAAUUCAGAACCAUAACAUCAUCCAAUUACAAAUCUCAAAAACCACCUUUCAAGCGGCACAAACGCAAACUCAAACCUAAACCCAUACCAUUUCUCACUGAUCUCAAGCAACUUCAUGACUCAAAUGAAGCUCUUGAUCUUUUUACCCAUUACACUCAAAUCGGGUUCAAACAUGAUUUCCCUUCUUACUCAUCUCUCCUUUACAAACUUGCUCGUUCUCGAAACUUUCACCACAUUGACCCACUUCUUGAUUUCAUCAAAAAACGUGGAAUUCGUUGUAACGAAACAUUAUUUAUGGGUUUGAUGCAACAUUAUGGAAAAUGUCAGCUAGUUGAUAAAGCUAUUCAAUUGUUUAAUGAAAUGCCUAAAUUUAAUUGUGAAAGAAAGUUGCAGUCUUUUAAUACUUUGCUUAAUGUCCUUAUUGAUAAUGACCGAUUCUCUGAUGCUAAUGAUAUGUUUUUGAGGUCUAAAGAAUUGGGUUUUCGGUUAAAUUCGGUUUCUUAUAACAUAAUGAUGAAAGGCUGGUUGGUAAAGGGUGAUUUGGAGAAUGCAAUCAAAGUGUUUGACGAAAUGCUUGAUAGACAAGUACAACCUAGUGUUGUAAGUUAUAAUAGUUUGAUUGGUUUUUUGUGUAAGAAAGGUGAGAUUGGUAAGGGUAUGAAGUUGCUUAUUGAUAUGACUAAGAAAGGAAAGCAUCCUAAUGCUGUUACUUAUGGGAUUUUGAUGGAAGGGUUUUGUUCUUUAGGGAAGUAUAAUGAGGCUAAGAAGAUGAUGUUUGAUAUGGAGUAUCGGGGUUGCAAACCACAGGUUUCCAAUUUUGGGAUUUUAAUGACUCAUCUCGCGCGAAGAGGGAAGCUUGAUGAAGCUAAGUCUUUGCUCAUUGAAAUGAGGAAGAAAGGGUUGAAACCAGAUGUUGUAACUUAUAAUAUAUUGGUGAACUUUUUGUGUAAAGAAGGGAGAGUUGAGGAGGCUUAUAAAGUUCUUGUUGAUAUGCAAAUUAAGGGGUGUGAGCCUAAUGCAGCUACUUAUAGAAUGUUAGUUGAUGGAUUUUGUCGAGUGGAUGAGUAUGAGAGGGGUUUAAGUAUCCUACAUGCUAUGAUUACAAGUCGCCAUUUUCCUCGUGUUGAAAGUUUUGAUUGUUUGGUUACAGGUUUGCUUAAGAACGGAAAGAUGGAUGAUGCUUACUUUGUUUUGGAGGAGAUGGAGAAGAGGAAUGUGAGAUUGCUGCCCGGGAAAUGGGAGUCUCUAGUUGUGGAGUUCUGUGGUAGUAAUGAUACCAUUGAUCAACUACUCGAGUCAUUGAUGAAUUAGCUGCACCAGUUGCUGAUGAUGCUCCACCUACUACAGCAGGAGUUGGGGCUACUGGCGGAGUAGCCGCCCCUGGAGGUGGGGCUGCUGCUGGUGUCACUGCUCCAGGAGGUGGAGUUCCAGGAGGAGUAACUGCCCCAGGAGGUGGGGCUGCUAACGGAGCUUCUACCACAGGAGGAGCUGCUGGAGGAGCUGGAGCCGUCUCUGGGGGGGCCGCUGGUGGUGCUGGUGGGGCCAGUGUUGGAGCUGUAGUAAAUGGUGCACAUCCUGAUUUGGUCUUUUUCAUGCACGACAUAUUGGGAGGGUCCAACCCUACAGCCAAAGCAAUCACCGGUGUUGUUACCAACCCAGCUGUUAGUGGUCAGGUGCCGUUUGCUAAGCCCAACGGUGCAGUCCUUCCUACAAACAACGGUGUCCCACAAAACAACGACAACUCGGGAAUCAUCAACAACAACAAUAUGCCGUUCCUCAUGGGUCUUGGUGGUGUAAACCCUAAUGUCAUGCAGAACAAUGGCAACAACUUCAUCGGAGGGAAUGGAUUCCCUGUCAUGAAUGGUGCCCAGCUCUCUUCAGGGAAUACACUGCAGCAGCUUAUGUUCGGGACUAUGAUUGCUGUUGAUGACGAGCUCACCGAAGGGCACGAACUCAAUUCCGGUAUGCUGGGUCGUGCUCAAGGUUUCUACGUCUACAGCUCCGUAGAUGGGAAGAUGCAAACUCUGGCCUUUACUGCUAUGUUCCAAGAAGGUGGAUAUCAUGACAGUCUGAACUUCUUUGGGAUUCAUCAGACUGCAGUUUCUGAAUCUGUUAUUUCUGUCAUGGGUGGAACCGGGAAGUACACUAAUGCUAAGGGAUUCGCUGUUGUUAAAACACUUCCUCCUGUGAAUCAACACGAGACUGACGGCCUUGAGACGGUGCUCGAGUUCUCUGUUUUUCUGACUUACUAGUGAGUUUAAAAUGUGUAAUUAUUAUUAUGGUUUCUGAUUUCUAGUGUAAUGUGGAAUCUGUGUGAAUUAAAAUUCGAGUGUUAAAGAAAAUUAUUACUUCCUCCAUUCCA